GGGUGAUCUCGUUUCACUCGAUCCGAGCCCACUCCUUGUUACUCACGCACGCAAAUCGGGUUCUUUGCUUCGGUUAACGAGAGUUUUGUUAAGAAUUGUCGCUUUGAAACGUGUCUACAACCAUUUUCUAUCGCUGGUUUUUAGUUUUAUUUAGUUUUAUUUAUAUUUUUACUGAUUUACAGAUUGCGUUUUCGGGGACUUGUAGCGGCCGUCAUCAUUGGGGGUUCCGGUUUGGUAAUGGAGCGUGAUUGAGUGCUUCCUCUCUUCAUUUUUUGGGGGGUUCAAUUAGAAGAGCCGUUGCAUCCGGAUCGACGACCAAAAUAAAGCGGAAAACAAAAAGAAAUAAAAAUUUAAACGAAAAGAUGAUGGCCAAAAUGAAAUAUUCCGAAAUACCACGCGAUUUGUCUUCAGAUAGCAUCGCCGCAUACAGACUCGCCCAGGGAUCGCCUGAUCGAGACAAAUGGAAAAGGAACUCAAGUGAAGGUCGAGGUAGCCCAGAGUCAGGCACAUCUUCCAGUGAUUCUCCACCCGUACGGCUUUUUCAUCAACAGUUGUCGUCACGUCGAUCAACUUCAGCUUUCCGUUCGCAUUGUCUCGGUUCGCGGAAAGAGUCACCUGAACCCCAGGAUGAAGUGGAUGGCAAUGGCGACGCGUUUGUUCGUGCUGGAUCGAACCAGCGUCAGUGCGAAAUAGAUCAACAACAGCGACGUUCUAGUCGACGUGGAGCCAGUCCUGCCCAACCGACACCUUACAUGUUGCACCAUUCGCUGCCUCGCUCAGCGGGCGCCAAAUCAAGCAGCUUGCCAGCCAGCGCUCGGUCCGGUCUGUCGGUCAUGCUGUGCGUCGAUGGCUCAGCGAUGGAACACCAUGCCGACUGUCCCGUACAAUCCAUCGUGAAUGUGAGCGCUGAGAGCGUGGCGGCCCAGUUGACCCUGCUUGUUGUGCCCGUCUUUCAGAAAAUUCAACCGGAAGAGUUGACAUCUUGUGGUUGGUGCAAGAGCAAUAAAUUGGAACUAGCGCCCAACGUCGUGGCAAUGACGCGUCAUUUUAAUCACGUCAGUUUCUGGACAGUCCAGGAGAUACUCAACGAACCGAACGUACGAGCCCGCGCCGAUAUCGUUUCGCAUUUCAUCCGCAUCGCCAAGAAGCUGCACGAACUUAAUAAUUUGCACACUUUGAUGGCCGUGGUGAGUGCGUUGCGCAGCGCGCCCAUCUACCGUCUACAAAAAACGUGGGCCACGGUGGCGAAGAAAGACGUCCAGUUGCUGGAACGAUUGGCCGACCUCUUCUCCGACCACAACAACUCUGAAAAAUUGCGCCAACACAUGGACUCGCUCAAGCUGCCUUGUGUUCCAUAUCUGGGUCUUUUUCUCUCCGACGUCAACUUUAUCGACGUGGCGCAUCCGCACCACGGCGGCCUUGAAUCGCAAAGACGACAGUUGCAGAUGAAUAACUUGCUACGGAUCUUGGCCAACUACCAGCAGUCCGAUUACUCCUUCCUGCCUGUCAAAAAUCAUGUGAUGGAGUACCUGCGUUCGGCCAAGUACAUCGAGGAGUUGCAAAAACUCCUGGAAGACGACCAGUACAAGUUAUCGUUGAAGCUGGAGCCGUCGACGCCACCGAGUUCAACGGGUUCCAAAGAGUCAUUUUACGAUGUCAAAACGGCCAUGGGCCAAUUGAAUGUCUCGCCAAAGAAGGCGGCUUCGGUCCGUAAAAGCGCAGGGACAUCCGACGGUUCCAGUGCUGGACACGGCGUCAAAUUUGUCCCUGGGCACACCAAAUCUAGAAGCUUGGGUACAAAAUUGAGGAGCGCCAGUUUACCUCGAAGUGCAUAUCGUCAGCCUCUUUCGGCAGCGCCAGGCGAUUCUUCCAUAUUUCGGAAUGGACCCAAUCACGCGCCGUCGUAUCUCAAAGAAAACGAAGCUGGUAGCGGCAUCUGGCGGCAUUCGUUGGCUAACCAUGGUUUUGAUUCGACGCUUCGCAAUCUGAUUGACGACAGUGUCCAGGAGGAGUCGACCACGACGACGACCACGUCUUCGUGCGGGAUGAAUUCUUCACCUCGUCACUCACUCCACGGCGAGCUGGAUCCUUCUCCUUCCAACAACAACGACAAUCAUUCCGUUCAAGGUUCGGAUCACUCACUCAGCGGAUUGGACUCGCCUCUGCCACCUCCUCCCAUCCGCUGUUGUUGCAUUCAGGGAUGCGUGCGGAAAAAAGCUGUUUUGAAAGAUGGCCGUCGUCCGGCUGUUAGUGCAUGGCAGAGAUAUUGGAUUCAGCUGUCUGGCUCCAACCUGCUUUUUUAUCAACCUAAACACCUCCGAGGGUCGGACAGAUCGGAUUUUCGGCGACGCCCCUUUAAAGCCGUUUCGAUCACGGGCUGGUCAGUCGAGCGGCACCACAGUCCCCGCCAUCCGGACUCGGUUUUAUUGACAAACACUCAAAAGGGUGACGCCUAUAAACUUCGUAUCGUCUGUCCGGAUGCCAUCGAAGAUUGGCUCAAUUUGUUGAUGUUGGCUAUUGAAACGCCAGCUGAGAGUUCAGACGACGCCGAGAAUCUCAUGUCUUUUGAAUGAGUCUUUCGUCCGUCCACUUGACAGCUGCACGCAGCUGCGUACGGAAGAGUAUGGUACAUUUUUCAAUGCCAAAUUGGUUUUGAACUAUUUCCGUUCAUCGCCCGGCCGUGUGUUCCAACUAGACUCAAAAACUACUCGCCUUGGACGUUGGUCAUCGUGAAACACAAGAUGAUACUCAAUGCUGGAUAAAGAUUUAUAUCGAAGGGAAAUGAUUAUCGACAAUUUUUGGACCUUUGCCCGAGAUUUUUCGUUGGGGAAGAAAGUUCCUCACUCUUUAUUUGCCAUCCCGUCAGUUCCUUCGCCGGAAAGUGACUGACCGUUUUUUUUUUUUUGGGUGUGUGAAUGUUUUUCUCCUCAUCAGUUAUGUAAUUCUCGUAAUCCCACGUGCAUAAGUAUUUUUUUUUUCUUCCCUUUUUUUUGGCUCACUCCUAUCACACAGCUGCUUUCUUUUUGGUGUGUGUAGUAAAAGAGAGAAAAAAAAAAAAAGUAAUCCAGCCUUCUGCCCGGCACGCCUCCUCCUCUUCCUACUGGUCGUCAUAUUUGAAGCUCAAUCGAUUCCCCUUUAAGAUGAUUGCUGUUACUACGUUUUUGUCCUUGUUAAAGUCACACAUGCUGUAGUCGUGUGAGCGGAAUCUCUCGUUAUUGGAUCAACGCGCUCUCUCUCCCCUGCCUCUUCCGUUCAAGACACCGCAGGCAUCACCGAAUUAAAACAGUAGCAGCACGGAUGUGGUGUUGCCUUUUCUUAUAACACUUUUUUUUUGCAUUCGUUGUUUUUUUUUUUUUCUCUCGGCUUUGUCGACGUCUGUUUCCUUAGUCUUGCCCUUCUCAUUUCCCGUUUGCUCCUCUACGUUCUAGUCUAACUUGGAUUUUUAUAAAAGGAGAAUGGCGGAACAAGAUCGUUUUGUCUAUCCACCAUCACCAGGAAAUAAUUGAAAGUGGAUUUCGAAGGAGCGGUUCAAAUUGUAGCAUCCGAAAAAAAUGUUGUUCUCGAAAUUUGCGAAUACAUGAAAAUAAUUCUCGUUCCCGUAAA